UUGAGUGACAGUCCUCAGUGGGCAAGAGGAGUGUCAGAGGAGCACAGCUCUGUGCUUUGGACUACAGGAGGAUUGCUGAGUUUCUGGCUGCCUUCUCCCUGAUCAGAGUAUUUCCCAAGAGAAAAACUUCCUCCUGGCAUGGCAAGUGGGAAGGCCUUAAAUCGUGAACUUUCUAAGCUUUUCAAUGAGAUGUGGGAUGCAGAUGUUCACCGCCUUAGGCCUGGGAAAGACUACACCAUUGAUGUGCAGGGAAAAGCAGGUCUAGCACAGCAAGGUGACAGUGCUGUCCAGGACAAUGCAGCCAGACAUCUGUUUCACAAUGUAAAUGAAGAACGCCUGAGGAGCAUAAAAACUUUUGCAACCUUUAUUUCCUUAUUGGACAACUAUGAGGCAUCAACUGGUGUAGCAGAAGUAGUGACUCCAGAAGAAAUAGUUGAAAACAAUUGUUUCCUUGAUGCUAUCUUAGCAACAGAAGUCAUGAGAGUGAGUAACAUAGAUCUUUUUUGUCACUGGAAACAUUGAAUAAAGAAGUAAUCUGUAUAUGUAUCUUGGUUUUCUAUCCUUCAGCUAGCUCAUGACUAUCUGCUGAAAAAAAAACUAGCAAAGCCAAACCUUGCUGAUUUCAAACAUCAGCUUUAUGACAUCUGGUUCCAGCUCUAUGCCAGGAAAGAAGGAGACAGACCUGAUUCUUGUGGUUUUGAACAUGUUUUUGUUGGAGAAACAAGGCAUGGUAAAGAGAUCUUAGGUUUGCACAACUGGGUGCAAUUUUACCUUCAGGAAAAGCGUGACCAGAUUGAUUACAAGGGAUACGUGGCUCGGAAGAACAAAACCAGGCCUGACAAAGAUGACCAAGUUUUGAGCAUCCAGUUCAGCUGGAAGGGUUCGGUCAAGCCAAUCGGAAGCAGCUUUAUUGGUGUCAGCCCAGAGUUCGAAUUUGCCCUUUACACAGUCAUUUUCCUGCUGUCUGAAGAAAGAGUCACACGUGAAACAGUGAAGAUAGAUGAGUAUGAGCUGCAGGUGGUUGUCUGGCGCCAUGGGCAGCACAUUGGAACAGCAUACCCAGUACUGCUCAGCACCACUACUGAAGACUAGUGGAGUGAGCAGGAAACUUUUCUUUUUAACUUGGGGGAAAGGAGGAGUGGU